AUGUUGCUGCUCGAGCAGCUACUACUAUUACAGCAAAAGCAGCAGCAGCAGCAGUGGCUGCAGCAGCAGCAGCAGUGGCUGCAGCAGCAGCAGCAGCGGCUGCAGCAGCAGCAGCAGCAGCAGCAGCAGCUGCUGCUGCUGCUGCUGUUAGUACCAAGGCAGCCACCCCACAUACAUUCGCGCGAGAUUGUCUGGAGAUGUUGCUGCUCGAAUAAGAGCAUCUACCUGCGCAUACACCCCAAGGGUCCCGCUGCUGCUUUGUGCUGCAGCAGCAGCAGCAGCAGCAGCAGCAACAGCAGCAGCACCUGCUGCUCCUGGCGCGCUCAGUUCUUCAUCAUCCGACUCAACAAACGAAUCUUCGCUGCUGCUGCACCCGUCCACCUCUCCCAGCCCUCUUUGCGGCUGCUGCUGUUGCUGCUGCUGCUGCUGCUGUUGCUGCUGCUGUUGCUGCUGCUGCUGCUGCUGCUGCUGCUGCUCAGCAGAUACCUCAAAGGCCCCCGGAGGAAGGGCCGAAACAGCCCCUCUCAGCUUCUGCUGUAUAGCCACUAUGCAUGCGUAGGCUUUUCGCUCUCCUAUUUUUGCUGCUGCUGCUUCUUGCUGCUGCUGCUGCUGCUGCUGCUGGUGGCGCGAGAGAGACGCCCGCCACUCGAUCAACGGAUCUUGGAAGCUCUGCAGCAGCAGCAGCAGCAGCAGCAGCAGCAGCAAAUGGAACAAAAGCAAAGCGGCAUCUCAGCCAUCAGCAGCAGCAGCAGCAAGAAACAUAAAGCAGUAGAGCCUGCAGCAGCAGCUGCAGCAAAAAAAGCAGCAGCAACACCCACGGCAAGAGCACCAGCAGCAGCAGCAGCAGUAGCAGCAGCAGAAAGCCCUACAGCAGCAGCAGCAGGCUCAGCAGCAGCAGCAGCAGCUCCAGCAGCAGCAGCAGCACACCUAGAAGCAGAAGCAGCAGCAGCACACCCAGAAGCAGCAGCAGGAGCGGCAGCACACCUAGAAGCAGAAGCAGCAGCAGCACACCCAGAAGCAGCAGCAGCAGCAGCAGCAGCAGCAGCAGCAGCAGCAGCAGCAGCAGCAGCAGCAGCAGCAGCAGCAGCAGCAGCAACAUACCAUGAACAAACUGAGCAGAAGGCUUUGAUUAUUCCGCAGCAGACGCAGCACUGCAGCAGCAGCAGCACGAAAAGCUCCUGCUGUUGCUGUUGCGCCGAAGGCAGCAACAAUGUUUUGAGUCAGGCGAAAGGGCACAACCAUUAUAACUCCCAGCAGCAGCAGCACCACCACCGCAGCCCGCAGCAGCAGCAGCAUUACCACCACCACCGCACUCCGCAACAGCAACAGCAGCAGCAACAGAAGCAGCAGCAGCUGGAAGGUGAAGUGUUUUUGCUGCAGCAGCCUGUUGGUUUCUGCUGCUGCUUCCAUGGCCCUCAUGUCUUUUCGAAUAUCUCCUGCUCUUUCAUUCUUCAGCAAAAAAGAAUAUCCAAUUCCAUCCGAGCCAAACAGCAGCAGCCGCUUCGGCUUCUGCUUGCUGGCCAGCACCUGCAGCAGCAGCAGCAGCAGCAGCAGCAGCAGCAGCAGCAGCAGCAGCAGCGGCGGCGGCGGGGGAGGUGCUGGUUAGUCGCGGCGGUCUUGGGAGGGAGCAGCAGCAACGGCAGCAGCAGCAGCAGCAGCAGGAACGAAACAGCAGCAGGAACGCAGCAACUAAGCAGUAGCGGAGCAACAGCAAAAACAGCAGCAGCAGCAGCACAGCAGCAGCAGCAGCAGCAGCAGCAGCAGCACCUCCAUGUUGUCUGCAAUUGA